AUGAUUGGGAAUGGAACCCCAGUCAGAGACGGAGCAACAGGACGGGCUUCUUCGAGGCUGCCUUCUCUUUCUGGCGGAAUUGACACACCCUCUGGGCCGUCGGAUCAGACUCCGGAAGACGUUGAGGGGGUGGUGGUUCGUUCCUCGGAGGAGGAGGAGGAGGAGGAGGAGGAAGAGUGGGUGCUGCUGGACCCAGGCCAGAGAGCCAUGCGCGGCAGAGAAGCCACGGAGGAGCCUUACGGCGACCAGGCAUCUAAGAGUGAAACAGGGUCUCCCGGUCACCAAGCUGGCGGCCUCUCCAGUUCAGAGAAGGACAAAGAAGAGGAGGGUCCAUUUCUUGAGAGCGCCGAGGAAGAAGGAAGAUCAACCGCUUCUGGGAGAGAGAAGAAAAAAAUGAGGAAGGAGGAGAGAAAGAAGGGGGAAGGUGGAAAAAAGCCGGGGAGUGGACCUUUUCCUGAAGCCGCACAUGUUGAUGGGCUCCCAGCCCUCCGAGAAUGUCACGAGGGACAUAAAAUGGUGAUUCAAAAGAGGAAGAAGGCCUUGAAAUCUUCCGAUUGCGAGAAAAGCUUCAUCCAGCAGUUGUACCUGACCAAACACGGGAAGAACAUCCACGCGGGAGCGAAGCUCUAUACGUGCUCCGAAUGCGGAAAAGGCUUCAAUUACAGAACGAACCUUAAGGUUCACCAAAGAGUCCACACUGGAGAGAAGCCGUACGAAUGCUCAGAGUGCGGAAAGACCUUCAGUCGGAGCACAAACCUCAAAUCCCACCUAAGGAUCCAUGCGAGGGAGAUGCCGUAUGAAUGCUCGGAGUGCGAAAAGAAGUUCGGCAACCUCACCAAGUUUAAAUGGCACCAGAGGGUUCACCAAAAGAAGCUGUUUCCGUGUUUGGAUUGCCCCAAGGGAUUUGCGUCCAGCACCGAACUUAAGGCCCACCAACGAAUCCACACCGGAGAGAAAAUUCAUCAGUGCUUUGAGUGUGGAAAAGGUUUCAGUCACAGCGUGACCCUGAAGAUUCACCAAAGGACCGCACACAGAGGGAAAACAGCCAGCGAUUCUGUCACAGAUCUUGUUAGUACAAGCGACCCCCCAGAGUCCUAAUUUUGUUUUUUGGUGUAUCGCAUUGAAAGCCGUUUUUUAAAUUUAUCUCCCCCGCCUUCUUAAAAAAACCCUCUAUGUGGUGUUAGCUCUGUCUCAUUUUUGCUCAGAUGAGGAGAGACUAGAUGCUGCAUCAUCAUCAUCUUUGAACUGUGGAGCUGGAAGGGUCUCUAAAGGUCAUCAUGUCCAAACCCUUGUCUAUGCUUGGUCAACAAUGGAUGUCUAGACUCUCCUAGCUUUCCAGUGUGAAGACAGCCUGGAGCCCCUGCCCUCAACCCCUCCAGGUGGCUUGCAUUUAUAGGGAUUCGAUCCACUUCCUCUCUGUAAUCCAGAAAAGCUUACACUGAAAUAAAUGGUGUCACAACCCUUCCA